AAUUAUGGAGGGGCAGCACGAAUUAGCACUCUCUUCUUCCCGCACGUAAUCUUCUCCCCACCCUCAACAAUUCCUCUCACUGGAGCCGGCGGAAUUUUCCUGGCCUCCGAUCUACUAAAGUAUGGUUCAAUAUUGUUCACAACGAUCAUUCACUUACCACGCGACAACUGCGCUUUCGAAUUCGCAUCCGAUGUUGAGUUUAAUUAUGACAUAACGAUCAAAAGUGAAACAUAUCUUUCCACCACUGAGGUACUUACGCUUUAACGGAAUCUCGUCGCUCUUUCCACCCACUCUGUCAUGCAAAAUGGGCCGUGUUACCAUUUCGACCCCAUAGUACCCGGCGCCUUUCCGGUCGCUGUGGAUGUCAUUGGGAAUCAAUUUUCCAUCCCCGCUAAUUCGGGACGAGGAAUACGGCGCGAAGAAAACGCAUCACCCGUUGAUACCAGUUCGGACAUAUCAAAAUGGUCAUCCCAAGCAGACGAAAAGCAGCGUUUGUAUGCUUCAACUCUAAGAGUCGACGAACCAAGGAACGAGCGCGAAAAAUGUAAAGCCAAACGACUGGCCGUAGGAUUGUGCGACCGCGUGGGCAAAUCACUGGCUUACAUGGGGUCCUGCUUCGGACCGUCUACCACAGGAAAAGCCAAACACGAGAGUUGCGAAAAACGAUAUUGCAAGCGCCGUAAUAGUUCAGAAGUCUCCAUACCAUCCACCAUUGACGUGGAGGACCUCUGCUCUGUUGUGAACGAGGAUGACAACGAGGAUGAAGCCGACGAGAAUACGGACCACGACGAAGAGUGGUGGAAACUACACAUCGAAUACCAGAUGAAGCACAGACCCUACGGGAUUGACGAAGAAAUGGAACGAAAUUUCAGCUCAGAGGAGAGUCAGACGAGUUUCGACGAAGAGGGGAGUUCAGAGGAGGAGGAGGAGGAUCAGAAUCGACAUCAGGCCGUCGUAGAGGAGUUUAGGCGAGCAGAGAGCGAGAGGGGGAGACCAAGGCAACGGUCCGAGUUGGGAACAUGGAGGGGUAGGGAACGCUAUUCGAUUAGUCCACGUAGGGCUUUCUCGGAAGGGGGGAUAGGGUGCUAGGAUUCUGGAUGAUGAUUCGUUUGGCAACAUGCGCGUAACAGAGUUUAUCGACUGUGGAAUAUCAUUUAGGAGCACAAAAUCGUUGCCAUGAACCGAUGCUGUGUAGAAGGAAAUAUAAUUACAGGGAAUAGCGUCACCCCGA